AACCCAGCACUCUAAUCAGGUAUUAUCUAAAUGUGAAAUUACUCAUUUGUAUAUCAGGUUGACGUUGUUCGACUCCCAGAAUGGCCGGGGAUGAGGUGGUAAAGGAUUUAGUGAAAAAGCGAGGCAGUUUUAAGGGACGAUUGACUGGUUUCAUUAACUUCUGCACAGAGUUAUCUAAGAAAGAAUUAACUAGUUCUGACGCGAGGGAAUUGCAGUUGCGUUUAAGUAAACUUCAGUCUUUGUAUGACCAAUAUGACGAGGUGCAGUUGCAGAUAGAAUGUUUAGUGUUAGAACCUGAGCCUCAAUAUACCGCACGUACUGAGUUUGACUCGCAGUACUACCGUGCUUUAGCCGACGCCGAAGAAAUGUUGUCUACAUUUAAUAAGGCUAAUGAGCCGCCGGCACCUGCGGGUAGUGAUAAGAGCACUCAUACAAGUAACCGUAAUCAGCUCGUCAAGUUGCCUACAAUACAGUUGCCAAAAUUCAAUGGUGUUUAUGAGAGUUGGUUGGAGUUUCGUGACACUUUCACUAGUCUUGUUCACUCAAACGACGACAUUGACGCAAUAAAUAAAUUCCACUAUUUACGCGCAUGUUUAGAAGGCUCUGCUGCCGUGGUAAUUAAUUCCAUUGAGUUCUCGGCUAGUAAUUACUCAGUGGCAUGGAAACUGUUGUGCGAAAGAUUCGACAAUAAACGUCUGCUAAUUCAUAAUCACGUCGCAGCGUUAUUCAACAUUGAAAAUGUCAAAGAGUCUUCUGCUCAUUUAAAACGUUUAAUUGACCAACUUAAUAAAAAUAUUCGGGCUUUAAAGUCCUUAGGUGAGUCUGUUGAGCACUGGGACACCUUAUUAAUUUACAUUGUGACUCAAAAGUUGGACCUCAAAACCUUUAGAGAAUGGGAAGAGUACAAGGGCCGCUUAGAAGAGGAUGACCCUAUCACAUUCAAAAAGUUCAUUAAGUUCAUACGUAAUCGCGCGGACUUGAUUGAGACGUUAGAGAUGUCACGCAGUGGUCCCGCAAGUACCUGCAACAAGUCCAAUCCUAAACUGAAGUCUAUGGUCGGUGUGCAAAACACUUCUAAUGCGCAAUUGUCAUCUAAGGUUUGUCCUAAAUGCAAGGGUAAUCAUACUUUAACUGAUUGUUCUUCCUUUUUGGCCUUAAGCAACGAAGAACGGCUGAAGUUAGUCCCCACUUUCAAAAUAUGUUACAACUGUUUGACAGCCGGUCAUUUUGCAAAUCGUUGUAGGAAACAAGGGUGUAAAAUCUGCAAACGUCGUCACAAUACAUUGUUGCAUACAACUGAAUAUAAAUCGAUUGCAAAUGCACAUAAUGAGAAUGUUCACUUACCUUAUAAUGAGCCUUCCACUUCAAGUCGCACACUAUCGUCUGGAAAUUGA